AUGGGAGCCUUUUCGAACGCUACGAAGACCAACUACGAACGCAGAUCGAGAAGCAACGAGUAUUUUGACAACCUCGUUAUCUACGACCACAGCUCAGAUGGACUGUUUCUUCCAGCCGUCAUAUGUGGUACGAUCGGCCACACGAAAUAUCAGGUAGCUCCAGCCUCCUGUGUAUUCCAGAGCGACUGUGUUUAUGGGAUUGAUAUACUACUGGAGGUAUUGAAAGCCACGCGCGUUGCCGUUACAUACCAGGACGAAUUUCAGUAUUCCUUACAGGCUGUCAACAUCGUCUCGAACAUGCUCCAUCAUGUUGCAUUGGAACCGGAGACAGAACACGUUGGGCUCCGUUUUACCGGAAUCCAGGAAUCCUCGAUCGGAAGAUAUAAGAAGGGGCCUGCGAAGCUGGUCAACCUGAAUCUUCAGGGCCACAGUUCGAACUUGAUUAACAGCAAUGCCUUCUUGGUUGAUUAG